AUGAAGUUCCUCAAGGUCGGCCGAGUCGCCAUCAUCACCCGCGGCCGAUAUGCCGGCAAGAAGGUUGUGAUCAUCCAGCCUGUCGACAAUGGCAACAAGCCUCACCCGUUCGGCCACGCCGUCGUCGCCGGCAUCGAGCGCUACCCCUCCAAGAUCACCCGCCGCAUGUCCAAGACGCGCCAGGAGAAGCGCUCCAAGAUCAAGCCCUUCAUCAAGGUCAUCAACUACAACCACCUGAUGCCCACCCGGUACACGCUCGAGCUCGAGGGCCUCAAGGGCACCAUCUCUGGCGAGACCUUCAAGGAGGUCAGCCAGCGGGAGGACGCGAAGAAGACGGUCAAGAAGGUGCUGGAGGAGCGCUACACGAGCGGCAAGAACCGUUGGUUCUUCACCCCCCUGAAAUUUUAA